CGGAGUUACUGGGGCAGGGCCUGUGAGGGAUAUGGAGGCAUACGAGCAGGUCCAGAAGGGCCCCCUGAAGCUGAAAGGCGUGGCGGAGCUCGGCGUGACGAAGCGGAAGAAGAAGAAGAAGGACAAAGACAAGGCCAAGAUGCUGGAGGCCAUGGGGACGAGCAAGAAGAACGAGGAGGAGAAGAGGCGCUGCCUGGACAAGCGCACGCCGGCGCAGGCGGCCUUCGAAAAGAUGCAGGAGAAGCGGCAAAUGGAAAGAAUCCUGAAGAAGGCAUCAAAAACCCACAAACAGAGAGUGGAGGACUUCAACCGACACCUGGACACACUCACCGAGCACUAUGACAUCCCCAAAGUCAGCUGGACCAAGUAACCUAGCCCUGCUGCAGAAGGCAGAAGGCUGGACUGUUUGACACCUGGUCGGCGCAUCUGCUGAAACCAGGCUUUCUGAGACUUGAUUAAAGCCAGGCUGUCCUUUCACUGGGUCUUGGUUUUGGGGUAGUUCCCUUUCCAGUUCGGACAACAGCACUGUGGAUUGACAUGCUGAGGUCAUUUCUGGGUGAAGGCCAUGUAAGGAUGGUCCCCUUCCCACCCCUAUUGCGGCAUCUGUCUUCCCUUACACCACAAUGCCAGGACAGGAAGCCCCUGUGGCCCACCACAGAAGUUACCACAGUGCUGCUCCAUUUGGACCACCUGCACAUCAAUCAGAUUGUAUCUGCAACACCAUCUGAAGCAAGGGCAGGACACAGGUCUCCAGCUCAUAGCCUGUCCCACAGUCCACCCUGUGGAUUGCCACAGCAGAUGUUGCUAAUCUCAGUUCUCAAUCAUGGCACCUGGGUUUCUAAGCAUGUAGCAUGUGGCAUAAGCCUGGUGGGCACUCCUGGUCUAAGGACACCAAAUGCCAGGUGUGACCAGGGCCCAGUGCCAACAGACGUGGUGUAGUGGUGCAGAUGCUGCAGCGCUGUGCAUCUGAGGGUCUAGGUAGACCACUUGAAGAGUUUCUGCACACUGUUGAGAGACGCAGCUUCUGUUGCCAUGGAUACUGAAUGAAUGACAAAUGGGUGGAGCUGACAUGUAUGGAAUAAAGUGAAUACCAGUCAUGGAGUGUGAAUGUUGUCUGUACCGGCUGUCCAUUACAGGGACACCUUUCCAUUCUGCCCGUGUCCCUGAAGAAUGAAGAAUGCAGUGCAAAAACCAGUUCCGUGUGGGAGAAAUCAGAUGCUGUUGGGUUGUUGUUGUUGUUCCCCGCGCCCCCCCCCCCCGCGUCCCCCCCCCCCAGCUGGGGACCGAACCCAGGGCCUUGCGCUUCCUAGGCAAGCGCUCUACCACUGAGCUAAAUCCCCAAUCCCGAUGCUGUUGUAUUUUAAAGGUGUAUAUGUGUAUAUAUAAAUAUGUGGGUAUUGUAUAAUAUGUAUUGUAUGAGUACACAUGUGUAGAGGGAAACUUGAAGAAUUGACUCCUUCCACCAUGUGGAUCCUGGGGUUUGAUCCACCUCAGGUUGUAAGACUUGGCUGCAAGUGACUUUACGCACUCAGCUGUGUCACAGUCUAGAGGACACAUUUAUUCCACUGUGUUCACACCUCUCUGAGGGAGAUGGUGUGUGCAUACCUUGUCUCAAGUGUUUACAACCAUUUUGGAUUUGGGGAUUUUUCCAGAUUUGGGGAAUGGGGAACACAAUGGUUUUUGUAAUAUGUAAUGAGAUGUUGCAGUGACUGUCACAAAUUUGCAUACAUUUGAUUUCUGUUUGAUUUGCCCCAGUGCACAAAGCCUAAAGUAAUUUUAUAUUAAUUUUUUCUGUCUUUGAACAUAGAAUACAAAGUAUACAAUCUUUUGAAGAAUUUUGUGCAUGAAACAGAUAUCAAAUUUACUUUUUGAGGUUUUUUUGUUUGAUUUGGAGUGGGGUUGGUGGGUCACAACCAUUUAUAAUGGGAUCUGAUGUCCUCUUCUGGCAUGCAGGUGCACAUUGCCGGUAGAGUACUGAUAUAAAUAAAAUAUUUUAUAAAAAGA